AUGGGUCUAGACCUACAGCAGCAUGGUGAAGGCUCCGAGGGACCGACAGUGUGCGAGAGCGAGCAGGACCGCACCAGCUUUCUCGUCAAGAGGCUGAUGGACAUAGGAUCUCCAGACGGGAUGGUAUGCCCAGAAACCAACAACAACAGCAGCAAUACAAACGACAUCGGCCAGGCCUGUAAGUCGAAGGCCACAAUGUCAGCACAACAGCUGCAGCAGCACCAGUGGAUUCCCACUGUUCAGCACCAGGCACUUCCCCCACCACCAGCUCCACCUCAACCAUCUCUCAGUGAUCUCCAACAGCAGGUCCACUGUGCCACUCCUGUGACGCCGCCUCUCCUGCCAUCCCCCCAACCACUCACAGCAACAGUGCCACCAUACCCAGUAUCACCAUCAAAGCUCCCAGCCCACUUUCAGGAACUCCAGCAGCCACAGCCACCGUUGUUGCAGCUUCCAAGCCCUCACCUACAGCAGGCUCCAGACGAGCCAGAAUCAUCACAGAAACCUGAAGAACUGCCAGAAACUCCAGUAUUAGCCUCUGAUGAAGCAAUAGAUCGGCGUACAAAACACAAGUGUGAAGAUUGCGGCAAGUUCUUCAGCACCAAGUCGUCUCUCAAGGUGUGCAGACUUAUUUGCUAA